CAUUUGCUUGAUUGUUCAUAGAUCAACCUCUGAUGGAGAUUCUACAAACGAUACCGUACUGUUACCACGCAGUUCACCCUCAAAAGGCCAAUGGAGUCUCCCACGAGUUCCAUCUCCUUCCAUCUGGCCUCGUCGUGCUCAAUUGCAAGCAAUUCGCCGAUAUCGACGCCAAGAGCAUCAAGGAUGCCCAUCUGCGCAUCUUUGUCAGUGAUUGGCAUCUCAAUUUGAAUCUCCAUGCAGUUGUCGAUGAUCUCGGGGAAGUAGAACUCAGCGCUAAUACUGUCGGUAUUACGAAGAGGAGUGUUGGUUGA